UCACCAGCAGCACAUCAUGCAGAGGCCCAGCAAACUGCCUGCCGUCUCUCUCCCCGGACGCCCUACCUUUUUCGGACCCCAAGGCUGGGCUGACCUCCCAGAUGGCUUGCUUCACUCCAUCGUUGAUCGGCUGGGCUCCUUCCGAGACCUUCUUGGCUUCGCCACCACAUGCCCCUCGUGGCAUUCUGCCUUCUCCUCGUACCCAUCAAAAUCCACGUUCCUCACAAAAUUACCACCUCUCCUCAUCCAGCCCCAUAUUCGUGCACAAGGUCCUCUUCUUCCUUGUACCAGUGGUUGUCGUGAGCUAUACCCAUGUAAGGUUGUUGAUCCAGCCAACCGAAACGCCGCCCUUCGCUGUUGGAUCCCUCAAGAUACCCUGGAGAAGAUGACAUUUAUUGGAUCCUCCUAUGGUAAGCUCAUCUACUACUGCAACGGGUACUGUCGCAUCAUCGAUGUGUUCACCGGUGACGAGGUCUCAACUCCACGUCUCCCAUCCCGUGCUGGAUGUUCAAAACUUCACUUGGCUGGCAUUCUAACAGCCCCACUUGCAUCACCCAACUCACAUCUCCUUGUCAGUACCGAGUCCUUCCUGCUUGAUCUGCCUGUUGGAAACGACUCUUGGUCCGAACUCCAGCUUCCUUGUCAGUUUGUAAUAGACCAUUUUGUGGAGUUGGAUGGUCAGCUCAUUGUCUCGAAUAGCUAUGGGAGAUCCUACGCUCUGCAGCUGGCCCCUCAGCAUGGCCUGCAGGAGAUAAAAACCAAGCCUGUGCGAGGAAGGCCGGUGGUAGGAAGGCUGGUGGUUUGUGGUGAUAUGCUUCUCAUUCUCAGUUUGGGCGGGUUCCAGCGCCUCGACAUGUCAACCGAGCCCGCGACACGGGUGGCCGUGGAGAAGCUGGGCGAGCGGGCACUCUUUGUAGGGGCGGAAGCGAAGAGCACGGCAGUUUCUUGCAUGAGCCCGGAGCUAUGGGGAGGAAGGAGCGACAUCGUGUACUUUGCUCGUACAGCUCGACCUUGGUUUAUCUAUAGGCUGUGUGGCAGGCCAGAUCGCAUGCAGGAUAGACCAACACGCAUUGAACCUGCAGGCUUUGGAAGCACACCAGUGCAGUCAUCAGUUCGGCUGCUCUGGCUGUACCCAAGCAUGUUCUACUCGGAUGGCCAAUGAAUGAUCUGUGCCUGCCAGCCAACCAAGUACAGCUUGCCGCAGCACCGGCUUCAUCUGAAAUUUGCCUUUGAGAUCCAGGUAGUAGAGAUUGGUUGUUGCUGCAUGGGUAGAAUAUGUUACUCGGUGGUACGGAGGAGUGCUCCCUGCGCUCCUUUAUUUUGUUUGUUGAACUUGAUAAGUUUUAACUUGUGUGGUGUUGGCACUAGCUUACAUCUGGUAGCGGCGGCCAUGCAAUACACGGCGUACAACAUGUAUCCAUGCUGUGGUGGACAGAAAUACUGCACCUAGUGACGCGGUGUGUUGCCCAUGUGCGGCCGCCCGGCUGGAUCUGGGUUGCAACUCGGGAGUCCGGGCCAUGAUGCAGCGUGGCGACAUGUCUGGCUGGCUGCAGCGGCGUGCAGUCGGCUUGCAGCGUUGCUUGCCUGCUACGGCGCCAUGACUCUCAUUUUAAUCAGUUUGCCUUCGAAUAUUAGAUACAAUCUAUAAACGGCGGCUUGACGCAGAGGGUAUGGAUGUGCAGUGAUGGCGGUGGAAUAGCCAAGCUGCUGGGAUCGCAAAAAAGUGGUGGAGAUAUCACAUGAUUGACUUCGAUUUGGUGAUACUUCUCGACUACCUUGUCUUGAGCUCCGGGGUGAAAAACCUUGGUUUGACCCAAGUUGGUUAUACCUGGCAAUGACGAUGUUCUGCAUCGUUACCUUGUAGAAGGCAUUGCACGGAUAUGUUCAGACUUAAUCUUCAAGGUGAAAACCUAGAUUCUGGCCUUUCCUGCUUGGAUCCGGUGACGACG